CUCUGAGAAAAAGCUCUGUAACAGUUCAUGUGAGGUCUACUGUGGGACUCCAAAACCACAUCAUUUAUAUAAACGUUACCAUAGCGGGGUACAAAUUGUUGAAACCUUUCUUCAUUUAAAAAAAGUCUAAAUGUCCUAAUUCAACCUAAAGAAUACCAACAUGUACAGCAAUAAUUGUAAGUCUUAUGGUCAAUAUAUUUUUUAUAAUGUAGAAGAAAUGCAUAAAUCUAUGCACAUGCCCUUUAAGCUUGUAGUGAACACAUGUAAACACAGACGUAAGAAGAACUCCCGCUGGAUAAACAAGUCUUGAUUUGUAUAAUUUGAGUUGAUGAGUUUCCCGCACAUGCACUUGUAGGCCUUUUUACGGGAAGCACUGACGCACACACACUCAAUAACACCACACUACUGAGGGGGUCCCUCCUCCUGAGUUACGUGGGUGGGUGGAGUAAAAAGUAUUGUGGGAAGUCUUGAUUCCCACAUGCCUCGAAUUCCCUAUUCACUUGUUUUCAGCAAUGUCAGUGCAGAGGCUCCUCUGUUUCCCAGCCAUGCCUGCACCGUGGAGAGUCAUGCUGCUGUGGUUUUGUGUUUGCAUAUUUCUCCCAACUCAGGCUCAAGGAGCUCUGGUGGUUUCUCGCGGAGAUGAUCCGACACAGGAAACAAAAGAAGCUAUGGGUCCCAGGUCAAUAAAGAAACGAAGCACAAACCCUGCAAAUAUGGUGGAGGUGUACAGCGUGAGGGUGGACUGCACCGUGACGUUACGUUUCGCCCACACCGUCAUGACCUCCAAGGCUCUGAACAGAGCUAACUCCUCCCAAGAAAUAUUCUUCGAGGUGGACCUGCCCAAAACCGCCUUCAUCGCCAACUUCAGCAUGGAAAUCGAUGGUCAAAUGUACGUUGGAGAUGUAAAGGAGAAAGAGAAAGCUAAGAAACAAUAUGAGAAGGCUGUUUCCUCUGGACAGACUGCUGGACUGGUGAAGGCUUCUGGAAGAAAGAUGGAGAAGUUUUCAGUCUCUGUCAAUAUCGCCGCCAACAGCAGCGUGACUUUCGUUCUGACCUACGAGGAGCUCCUUCAGAGGAAACUGGGCCAGUAUGAGAUUCUGACCCGAGUUAAACCAGAGCAACCGGUGCAGGACUUCCAGAUUGUGACAAACAUCUAUGAGCCUCAGGGUAUUGCUUUUGUUGAGACCACUGCGACUUUCCUCUCCAACGAGCUGCUCCCCCUGGUGAAGAAAACCGUCACAGACACAAAGGCACACAUCUCUUUCUCUCCAACGCUGGAUCAGCAGAGGAAAUGUCCAGAAUGUGAAGGCACCAUCAUUGAAGGAGAUUUCAUCAUCAAGUACGAUGUGAAACGAAAAAAGGGCCUCGGGGAAGUUCAGAUUGUGAACGGAUACUUUGUGCACUUCUUCGCUCCUCCUGACCUGCCCAGAGUCCCAAAGAAUGUGGUGUUUGUGAUUGACAGGAGUGGAUCAAUGAGUGGACAAAAGAUGAGUCAGACCCGCGAUGCACUUGUUGCCAUUCUGAAAGACCUCCACGAAGAGGACCACUUUGCUCUUAUCCUGUUUGACGAUCAAAUUAUCACCUGGAAGAACUAUCUUACCAAAGCUACACAGACAAAUGUGACUGAAGCCAUUGCCUACGUCAAGAAGAUAAGAGACAAUGGAUCCACCAAUAUCAAUGGUGCUGUACUGAGGGCAGUGAAAAUGCUGGAGAAAGAAAGAAAAGAUAUGAACCUGCCAGAAAGGAGUACAGAUAUGAUUAUUUUACUGACUGACGGGAUGCCCAACAGCGGGGAGUCAAGACUUACAAAGAUUCAGGAGAAUGUGCGCUCUGCUAUCAACGGGAAGAUGUCUAUGUUCUGUCUUGGAUUCGGAAAUGAUGUGGUAUACUCCUUCCUGGAUGUGAUGAGCAAACAAAACAAGGGAGUAGCCCGCAGGAUCUAUGAGGGUUCGGAUGCAGCCGUACAACUCCAGGGUUUCUAUGAUGAGGUGGCCAACCCUCUGCUCUUGGAGGUGGACCUGCGUUAUCCUGAGAACGCAGUGGACUCCCUGACGACUAACCACUACAGCCAGCUGUUUAACGGCUCAGAGAUCGUGGUGGCAGGUCGACUGACCGACAACGACCUGGACAACUUCUUGGUGGAAGUGUUCGCUCAGGGGUCUGAAGAAGACUUUCAGGAACAGGGAAAGGCCAGUGAGAUCAAUUUAGAUCUGAUCUACCCUGAGCAAGAGUACAUCUUUGGGAAUUUCUCUGAGCGUCUGUGGGCCUACCUCACCAUCCAGCAGCUCCUCGAGAAAAGUGACAUUGGUACUGAGCAGGAGAAAGGCAAUGGGACUGCCAAGGCCCUGGACAUGUCUGUGCAAUACAGCUUUGUCACCCCUCUCACCUCCAUGGUGGUCACUAAGCCUGACACUGAGGAUGGACCAGGCAGCCCUCUCAUCGCUGACAAACUGACUGAGGACCAGCGACAGAAAGCAGAAAAACACACAGGUUCUCCAGCCAGUAGGAUACAACUCCAUAGUCCUAUCGCCGCCAAAACUCAGACUGGGGCUAGCAGUUCCAGUAGUGGCAGUAGUGGUGCAAGUAGCAGUUCCCGUGGCAUCAGUUCCCGUGGCAGCAGUUCCCGUGGUAGCAGUUCCCGUGGUAGCAGUUCCCGUGGUAGCAGUGCGGACGGGGAUCCUCACUUCAUGAUAGAGCUGCCAGACAGAGAUGAGGCUCUAUGUUUCAACAUCAACGACAAACCAGGAACCGUUUUCAACCUGGUCAGAGACCCAAUACCAGGCUUUAUGGUGAACGGCCAAAUUAUCGGCAGGAAGAAAAUUGAUCCGCAUGGUAAGAUCAAUACCUACUUUGGCCGUUUUGGUAUCAUCCACCAGAAGCUGGGCAUGAGGCUGGAGGUGAGCACGCAAGAAAUCUCAGUUUUCCACGAAGGCAAGCAGGUCAAGCUGCUGUGGUCUGAUACAACCUCUAUCAAAGAAACCAAUAUGGACCUCAGGUUAACUAAGAACUGCAGCCUGACAGUGACGCUGAAGCACUCUGUUAGAUUUGAGGUCAUUAGACACACAAAGGUUUGGAAGGAACGCCACGACCAACAGGACUACCUGGGUUUCUACAACCUGGACAGCCACCACUUGUCUGAUUCGGUUCAUGGUUUGCUAGGUCAGUUCUACCAUGGCGUUGGGUUUGAGUUGACAGACCUGCAUCCACAUAAGAACAAGGAGAAAAUAGAUGCCACCAUGUAUGUGAAGGGACAAAUACUCAACGUAACCAGACACUGGCAGAAGGACUUCAGCAGGGAUGUGAAGAAUGGGAAAAGUAUUCCCUGCUGGUUUGUUAACAAUGAUGGAGCUGGCCUUAUCGAUGGAGAAGCCUCGGACUACGUUGUGUCAGGGCUUUUUCAAGGCUGAUUUUUGUGAGAGAUUGCAGGUUAUAGUGAGCCACAUUGAGUGUUCAUUUCAACAUUGCACACAUUCUGAAACAAACAUUCUAAAUCCCAGGAUCUUUACAGUCUUAUUAUUUAAUGGCGAUACAAAAUAACAAUUAUGAUUCCUGAUCUCAUAAUGGACAUUACUUCCCAAAAAACGACAAAGUGAAUGACAAUUUGUGCACUCUUCUUGAUGUAUUUACUGCUGUUAGGUAUAUUAUGUUGCUUUCCAAUUUCCGGCUGUCAUAGAAUUAUACGUCUGCAUACUUCACAUACAAACCAUACCAUUGCCUUUAAACUGAAUGUACCUUAUGGCAUGCACAUGUGGGUAUCAAAGGGUAUCCAAAUAAGCUUUAAGACCCUGGCCACAACUAUACACAACUUGAUUUCGAUUCAAAAAAGUUGAAACCUGUACACCGGUACGUUAAAAAACACAACCACAUUUUGUACUUUUCAACUCUCAUUUUUGCCAUAUCUGGGCUUUAUGCCAACUUUGCACCAUCACAGAGAAAUUAUCAAAGAAUCUUAUCAUAUGGAUGUACUUCUUGUGAUAUUGUUAUUGAAAUUGUGUACACUGAAAAAACGUAUUUUAUCAUCGCUAAGAUUCAAAGGUAAAACCAACACAGCUGUUUUCCACAGGUUGGUAUAUAUUUUUUUAGAUGUUACAGGGAAUUUUUACUCUUUAAACAAAAAAAUGUUUGGGCCUAUAUUUGUUGUAUGUGAUGACAAUAAAUGUACAUAUACGCCA